AUGGAGAUUAAGCUAGAUGUUCUCAUCUCUACAUGUAUCAAGCAGAGAAAACCAUGGCCUCGUAUCUCGUGGCUUGGACAGGAAAAAGAGGCUGUUUUCCUUCUAGAUGAUAAACGUAUAAAUGAAAUUAACCUGUCAUCAGGGAAGACAAAGAGGAAAAUCCCUCGGCUGCAGUCAUUGUUGAAAAAUGUAGUUGUUUUAACAACAUCAAGAAAUGGUGCUUGGUUGGCGGGAAUGCUUACAACAGGAGAGCUGUUUAUUUGGAAUAAAGAUCUGGACUGCUUGAAAAUUGUGCCAGCAGUCGAAGAAUCUAGGAAAGUAGUUGCAGCAGCACAAGAGUGUUUGAUGAGAUUGUACUUGUAUGUAUCCGGAGAUGGCAGAAAGGUGCUAUUAACUACUCCUACAGCAUGUGUCUUUUUGUGGGAGGACACAGAACAUGAAAAUACAUCUUAUAAAAAUUCUUCUUCUGGGCGUUGGACCCAGGUUUUGCCUGAUGAAUCAGUCGUGUUGCCUUCUACUGAAGAAAAAGAAAUUGGAGUGCAUGUUGCUUUCAUACAAAAUGAGAUUCUAGGUGAUUGCUGUUUGUGCUCUUUUGUGUUUUACUCUGGAGAAUGUUUGGUGCUCACAUUUUUGAUUCUUCAAUGGCAUGAAAGUAGCUUUAAAUAUGUUAGUUCUUUGCCAUACCAGAUCCACUGGGAACAGCAGACUUGUUCUCUUGUUAAUUUGGUUCCUCAGUGUGUGUCUGUAAAGUCAAGAGGAGCUCUGCUAUGUGCAUUUGCAAGAGAUGGACUUCUGCUUGCAGUAGCUGUUAAUCAAACUGAUCCAAAGGCAACUCAGGUUUUGUUUAUAAACACAUUGAAUUUUGUAACUCUUUCGGGUAGCCUUAAAGGCUGUAGUAGCAAGAACAGUAAGGUCCCAUCCAAGUUUAUCAGAUCUUAUUGGGUUGGUGAUAUGAGUUGGACUCCUGAUAGCCUUUUCUUGGCUUGCAUGUUAAAACGUGGAUCUUUGAUUUUGUUGACAUGUAUGGGUGAAUUGCUGACCUUGAUUACUUCUGGCUGCUCUGUAGAAUUUGGACCAGCGGAGUUUAUUCCAUUUCAUCCACUAAUAACAUACAGACAGCAGCACUCUUUUUGUCAAGACUCUAGUCAGUCUCUUGGUUCUUCAGCUUCUGAAAGUGAUGUUAUGAGACAGAGAUUCUCUGUUGCUUCGCAUUCAAGAUUACCCUACCUCAUCGUGUCCGAUGGAUACAUGAUAACGGUGCUUAGAUUUUCUAACAACUUUUCACCAUCAGGCUUUAUAAGAUCCCUUUUGCUUGACUCAACACAUCGGCUUGAAAAUAUUAAUCAAAAUUUGCUGAACUCCAAGUUGGAAGGGAGACCUCUAUGUUUACGAUCACUGUUGUCUUUAAAAGCUAGUCUUUUAAAACACGCUCAGAACCAAAGUUCCAUCUUUUCCAUCAUUCCGAAAUUCCUGGAAGAAGGCACCACAGAAAUGAGUGAGAAAACCAUGGAUUUACUG